UAGACAGAUCACAUGAUCAAAACAGCAAAACGUCAACAUCAACAAACCUCAAUCGUAAACAAACCAGUGACCCAGUGACAGCUGAUACGAAAUGUCUGACAUACCAGGACCAUCAGCCCUUGCUAUAAUGGAUGAAAAUUCCAAUAAGGAAAACAUGGACAUAUUUUAUGAACCUGAGAAGAAGAAAGUCAAAGUAGAGGAGAAAGAAAAAGAAAAAAAUGCCCUCGAAUAUCGCCUUUCCGGAAUCUUGUGUUGCGCAGUUUGCUUGGACCUGCCCAAAACCUGUUACCAGUGUACCAAUGGUCAUUUGAUGUGUGCUGGCUGUUUCAAUCAUGUACUCGCUGAUUCAAGACUCAAAGAUGAGACAGCAACCUGUCCCAACUGUAGAUGUGAAAUCAGCAAAAACCUUUGUUCCAGAAACCUGGCUGUGGAGAAAGCAGUGUCAGAACUGCCAACAGAGUGCCAGUACUGCUACUGCCAUCUACCACGUAACCAGGUUGAUUAUCAUGAACGAGAAUUGUGUGAGGAGAGGCCUUCUUUAUGCAAGUAUUCCCGCAUUGGUUGCUGCUGGUGUGGACCAUUUCACGAACUGGCUGAACAUGAGAUUGGCUGUGGACAUCUCAUGAAGCCAGGAGCAGAAAUAAUGGAAUCUCUGGCAGAGGUGGACAAGUACAAUGAGACCCAACUCAAAUUGUACAAAGACAUUGUCUCACUUUUUUCAUGUGAAAAAGUUACUUUUAAUGACUUACAGAUGAAACCUUACAGAACAGAUGAUUUCACCACCAAGUUAUUCUAUGAAACUAGUCGUUUCUCAGCAUUUAAUUUUCAAUGGGUCAUCAAAGCAAGAAUCAACAAUGAUCAGAAAAAUCCAGCUCUUACAACAGACCGUACUCUGUCUUAUCAACUAGUGUUGAAAUCUAAAUUUACAACACCAAUCAGUCUGUCCUACAUUGUGCUCAAAGGCCCCUACGGCGAAAUAAAGAUCAACCCCUACAUUUACACACAUGACUUUGUACAAGACAAUGUAGAAACAGCAUACAAUGACUUACCAAUAAUCAACUCUGUAGAAUGUAAUAAAUUAUUGGCCGGUCGAACCAUUAAUUUACGACUUAUAAUGGUUAUGAUGAAUUAAAUACACUUUUAGGAUAUUUUCAAAUUUUGUUCAUAGGAAAAACAUACCAAGACUGACUGAUAUUUUAUUCUUGUGUAACUUCAGAUUUAAUUUACGUGUUAUUUCAAAAAAUAUAUUUAUUUAUUUAUUUAUUUAUCAUAUAUUUAUUUAUUUAUAAUCUUUAUAAAAAUUAAGAUGUAUGACAAUUGGAUUUUCUUAUUAAACUUUUAAAAUUUUAUAUGUUAAUAUAUAUAUAGGAAAGUAAAAAAAAAUUGAAGUCAUUUAGAUUCUCCAGUCAGUGUUGGUAUGUUGGUAUAGUUAACUUUUGCUAUGUUGGGGUUUAUUUAAAUAAAUAAUUAUUACGGGUUUAAAAGAGAUUUUGUAAUAAAAGGAAUUCAGUGACAGGUCAAGGGUAUAGUCAAUGUUUGUAGGCUUUUGAAAAAUGAAUAACUGUUAGAUCAUUGAAGAUACAUGGGUUCUGUUGGGGCUGUCCUUGUAUUGAAAAUAUUUCAUAAUUCGAAGCUUUUUUUUCAAAAACAUUUUUAUCCGGUCAGAUCUUCAAUCAAUGAAUAAGCAUAAACUACAUCUUGAGAUGUUCAUUUUUAACUUACUAGUAAUUGAUUGAAUGUUUUUGUGUUCGUCUUUAAUGUUCAUCCAAGCUUACCAUAGGAUGUAAUGUAUUCAGUAAAUUCCUAAUAGUGAGCCUCUUGAUAUUCGAGGAAUUUGUUUUGGUGGGGUUACUUGUUAUAUAGAGUUUUACUUUUUAUGUACAGAAAGAUUACAUGUAUAGUAUCUCCCAUUCUGAAAUGAUAUUUUUAUGUACAGAAAGAAUUCUGCUCUUUGGUUGGGUUGUUGCCUCUAUGACACAUUGCCCAUUUUCAUUCUCAAUUUUAUGUAUAGUACCUCCCAUUCUGAAAUGAUCUGAGAAACAAAUUCUUUUUUCAAUUGACCUUAGGAAUACAUGUUUCAGUGAUCUCAUGACCGCUUAGAUUUUUUGAUCCAUGUAGUUACGAUCUGUAAAUAGAUAAGUUGUCUUAAAGAUUUAGAAAUACAUUUAGGUUCAUGUUUGUUUUGUUUUGUGUUGUUAUGUUGUUACAUCAUGUUACAAAAAUUUAAAGACAAAUUGUUCCGGCAUUUAAAAUUUUGUUUUUGUAUUGUUAUUUUGUUACAUUAUUUUCCUGUUUUCAUUUAAAUCAUUUCUAUUUGUUUAAGGUAUUUUAAAUGAUACCAUUUGUUUUUGUUUUCAUUUUGGAAUAAAGUCUAUAUAGAAUUAUUUUCUAAAGCAGACUACAGUAUAAAAGUUUAUUUAUUCUUUGUUUUUCAUAAUUUUAAAAUUCACGCAGAAGCUGAAAAAUACUAAAAUGAUUCCUUGAAAAUACAUUUUUAUGUUUAAAGAGUGUAAAUUCAGUAAGUAACCUUGUCUUGUUGAAGACAAUGUUUACUGUUAGAUUUUUGUUUGUUUGUAAUUAGGUCAUUGGGUUGCUGUCUUAUUGACUUAUACCCCUUUUCACGUUUUAUUCAUACAUCAAUUUGACUGUAACAUUAUUUGUAUAUCAUCUACUUUGCACAUUAAUUAGUGUAUACUUGUAUGCAACAUAGAAGGCAAGAGUAGUUUUCCUAUUUGCAAAAAUUUAAAUCUCAUUUAUAUACACUAUGUUAAGAAAUUAUAAUAAUUCUAUUAAAGACUGAAAUAAUAAAAUAAUUCACCCUUUAGACUCCACUCUUUAACUUAAAAAGAAAGAAAUUUUAAGAGGGGGGAAGCAAUUUUCUUAGGUAGCUUAAAAACAUAUUGCAGCAUAUAUCAAUCAUCUGCAUUGUUAUCUUACACUUAAUUUUUUAUUCAAACAUUUAUAUUUUACUUAAUAUUUUGGUAUUAUUUUUUAAUAUUCUCAGCUGUUUAAUAUUUUAUAUUUAUGAUACAUACCCCAUUGCUUGUAUAUACCGUCUCAUAAUUCAUUAGCAGAGAUAUAUUUCUUCAAAACUACAUUUUUACUUAAACUCAAUUACAAGAGAAAUUUUUAAUUUAUAAAACUGUAUUUAUUUCAUUUCAUCUUAUACCACAAAUGGUAUUUCAAAAAUUUAAUUGAAUUUGUAAAAAAGACCAAAUUUAAGAAAAAAACUCAAAUUUUAUACUGGAUGAAGAUUUCUUUCUUAAGAUUGUGUUAAGAAUUUUUCUUUCAUUAAUCUUUAAGAAAAAAUGUUGUGAGUGAUGACACUUUUUCCUCAACUAAAUAAUUGAAAUAUAUACAUACAAACAAAAGGUGAGAAAUGAAAUAAAUAAAUAUUAUUUUUUUCAUUUUAAUAAUCAAUUUCUAUAAUAUUUAUCAAAUGCAUGAUUGCGGGGAUAUAUUAUUUCUUCUUUUUAAUGUGUAUUUCAGACAGUGCUGUACAUUUUUAACUGUAACUUGCCAUUACAUGUAUAUAUAAUCAUAGUAGGUUAAAGGAUAGAAAAAUGGAUGUUGAAGUCCAAUAAAAUUCAAUAACAAUUA